AUGCCUUCCUACAAGUCGUUGUUACCCUCUUUGGCCCUCCUGGCCCUGGCACAUGGCCGAACAGUGGCAAGAGUUCAACCUGUGGCAGCGCGGGAGCCCCCCAGCUCCAGAGACACCACGGAGUUCAUCACGAGCACAGCAGAAAUCACAACUUUAGACGCCACUACUGGCUCAUCGGCGGUAGUGAUUUUAGACUAUGGGUGGAGUGUGGAGGGCAUACCAGCUUUCGACGUCGUCAGCGUGGAGGGCGAUACGUCGACCUUCGAGAUCACAUACGGCGAAAGUAAAGCUGCUCUCGAUUCGUACAUGAGCGAUGGCCCGCUGCCGCUGGCUGCAGCUAUGGAUACUUUUCGUGUCAAUCGUUACAACAUCAGUGGACCCGGCAAGGUAUCCAAUCGUCUUGUCCAAGGCGCUUUCAGAUACCAGAAGCUCAACCUCUCUUCGCCUGGGGUCCUCUCAGUGAGGAACGUCGGCGCCCGCCCUACCAUUCACACAACCGCCUUGACCGAAUUGCCGGGAUUUUUUGAAAGCUCCGACAAGACUAUCAACGAUAUCUGGAGUGUUGGCGCACGAACUAUCCAGAUGACUGAAAUCCCAGCAGACACGGUCCCCGAUUUCUGGGAAGUCACUCCGGAAGGCGCUCUCGUGGAUAGCUUGGCUCCGCAGAGCCUCGGAUCUGCCGCAGCCGCACAGUCUCUAAUGUAUAGUCUUCAAUUCAGUGUCAAGCCUGUCGUUGGCGGCUUUGGAUUUACUGUCCUGGCAGACACCCUGAGCUCUGGUAUCUACUUCUCGUGCGAUAUCUCCAGCGGGAAGAUCACGGCGCACGCGGGAUCAACAAGCGAGAACCUCCUGCUGCAGGCUUUCGACCUGCCCAAGAAUAUAACUCUUGCCCUCGGCUCAUGGAGCACAGUUACUGCCACCGUGGCAGUGACAGAUAUCAGCGUCUCUAUCAACGGUGUACAGGUGGUACAGAUGUCACAGACCACUAGAUUCUUCGGCUCCUUUGGCCUCGGAGCAUCGUUUGGUCAUCGAGCGAUCUUCAAGGAUCUGUCCGCUGUAUCUGCUGAGGGACAAGAGAUCUACUCUCAUCCUCUGACAGACAGCUCGUUUUUGGCAGACUUCUUCAUGGGCACCAAUCCAGCAAGCACCAUAGUAGACGGCUCGCGCCGAGACCGCAUCGCUUAUACCGGAGAUCUUGAUGUUGCUGGUGGCGCUGCCCUGGUGAGCACCCAUGGCCUCGAGUAUAUCAUCGGAUCACUUGACCUGCUUGGGUCUUAUCAAACUACCCCUGGCUUUUUCAUCCCGACGGCCAAGAUUCAGCAGGCUCCUCUCAGUCAAGAGCUCAAUAUCAACGUCACCGGGUUGAUCGGAUAUUCGUUCAACUUUGUCACUGCAGUUGCUUCAACCUACCUGCACACUGGUGAUGUCGGCUUCGCGCAAAAGUGGGCACCCAAGGUUCAAAAGAUGCUGGACUGGGCCGACUCCCAAACACUCGAGAACGGAUUGUUCAACGUAUCAGAGGCGUCGUUUGCUGGGGACUGGAACUACUACGAUCCUGCCCAACCCGGCGUAUCGACCAAGUUCAACGUUCUUUAUGCCUAUUCCCUGCAAGAGUCUUUGACGCUCCUCGCGGAUGGUGGUGUGGACGCCAAGAUAUAUCAGGAGCGACUCGAUUCUCUGCGCGAUGCCAUCGACAGUCAACUCUGGAGCGAUGAUCUACAAGCCUACUACUUCUCAGCUGAUUACACCAAUGGCUUCGGCCAGGACUCCAACGCGAUCGCCAUCUUAGCUGGGGUGAACAAGAAUCCCGCUCACUCCUCCGAGAUCAUUCUGUCAACGUUGUCGAAAGACCUUGGAAGACCUGCAGGACCAAUGGCUUUCUCCAGUGGGAUAAUCGCAUCAGGCUUCCAGCCGUACAUCAGCCCUUACGCAUCGGCGUACCAUCUCCGCGCCGCGCUAGCUUCUGGUAACAGUGAUGCUUCACUAGAACUCCUACGAAGCUUGUGGGCCCCGAUGGCAGACACCAACAAUGCCAACUACACUGGCUCGUUCUGGGAAACCCUGAAUGAGGAGGGACGGCCGGGGUUGGGGCUCAGUACAAGCUUAUGCCACGGCUGGGCGGCCGGCCCAACCGCCGAGCUAACAAAGUACGUGCUUGGCGUGAUGCCCACGCACCCCGGUUGGUCCGAAUUCAGUGUUGCUCCUCUCACACUGGGGCUCAAGUCAGCCAAGGGCCGUGUCCCACUUGUAGAGGGACAAGUCAACGUGGAGUGGAAGUUCAGCUGUGGUGGCCUCUUGACCAUGGUUGUGGAGGCGCCGACUGGCACCAAGGGCACAGUGACACUUCCAAGACCACUGGUUACAUCCAUCGAUGAUUCUGUGUUUACAGUCAAUGGCCAAGCUGUCAAUGCGACGACCUUUGAGGUUGUAGGAGGGUCAACAUUCAAUCUACAACAGCACCACAAGGUGUGA